CUUCCCUACUUCAGAAUCCUACAAUCCACCACCCCUUCAUUCCUUAAGAACACUAGCAUCUUCCAAAAUAUCUCUCUCUCAAGGACAAAAAGGAUUCAUUCAUCUCUUUCUGUUUCCAUUCUGAAUUCUAUGAUCAUAGACUCACAUCAAUGGGAACUCCUGUAAACAUUAUAGUUGGAUCACACGUCUGGGCUGAGGAUCCUGAAGAUGCCUGGAUCGAUGGAGAAGUGAUAGAAAUCAAAGGGGCUGAUGCCACCAUAGUUACCACCAAUGAGAAGACUAUUGUUGCAGCUAUUUCCAGCAUAUACCCAAAGGACACAGAAGCACCACCAGCUGGGGUUGAUGACAUGACCAAGUUAGCUUACCUCCAUGAGCCAGGAGUCCUCCACAACCUUGCUUGUCGUUUUGCUCUUAAUGAAAUAUAUGUGAGUCACAAUCUACCAUCACCACAGAAUUUGGAGUAA